GUCAACCACUAUGUUCGUCUUCUCCUCCAUCGUCGCCUGCUCGGCGAGCAUCCCUGACAUGGGCCCAUGUGAUGUCCCCAUAUGUACGCAGUACGACUUUGACUUUGAUAUGUUCCACAGAGAGAACGGGGGCUGCUGGCAUGUGGCUUAUGGACCUGACACAAGUUUCAACCGAAACCUCAGUUCUAUGACCAUAAAUAUCGAUCCAAUUGGGAACGGUCAAUAUAGGGAUAUUAUUACGUACUUAACGAAGGACGGAAAGAGUGGUCUGUUGGCGGAAGAGGUUAUAACCAACAAUGGUCACGGGGUUUGCACCGCUACAACAACAGACAAAGAAGUAUACACAAUUAACUUCCUUCAUUAUGACCCAGGAAAAUAUUGCUUUUACUACAUCUGCAGUUCAGAAGGAAAUGACUACAAGAUAGACUACAGAUACGUCUUGGCCCAUAGACUACUGACAGCAGAUGAAAAAUCAGCUGUCUACGCUAUCGACAAAGAGUAUGGCUUUCAAGGCGAACUAAUACCAUUCGGAAUAUCUAACCAGAAAGAUUCCAUUUGAAAACUACAACACGUAGGCCUAUAUCUAAUAAAAAUAUUUUACGAUAGUGUUGUAUAACGUUAUUUUAAAUACUUAAUCGAUUGUUUUCACAAGAAUAUAUUAUAUGGUAAUGUUUUUAUUUUUAAUGCGUGAUUGCUAAUUUCGUCCUAAUUCACUGGGGUAAAUAUGCAACAUGAUGAUCAUUGAAAUUAUAGUAAAUAGGACUUAAAAAAAUAUAG